GACUCCUCCUAGGAGAGAGAUAAUCAGCUCUGCAGCCUCUCACCGGGAUCCAGCUUCCUCUCUGCCCCCGGUCUGAAGCCUCCGCGGAGCUCCGGACGACUUGACUCUCGCGGCCAGGCCAGAGGGAUCUGCACCGGGGAAGGCUUAUAAAACUCAGGACAGGAAAACACACAGGCUCUUAUGAAGGUACACAAGGCAGAAGCCGCGAUGGAGAAUCACGUCACACAGAUUUCCAGGGACAACCUGGACGACCUCAGGGAGGCCUUCAAUAAAAUUGAUAUCGACAACAGCGGCUUCGUGAGCGACUUCGAGCUCCAGGAGCUGUUCAGAGAGGCGAGCUUCUCCCUGCCGGGUUACAGGGUGCGAGAGAUCAUGGAGACCUUCCUCGCCGGAGACACCAACAAGGACGAGAAGAUCAGCUUUGAGGAAUUUGUCGCUAUCUAUCAGGAGCUGAAGAGCAAGGAGCUCAGCGAGACGUUCAGGAAAACCAUCACGAGGAGAGACGGGAUCCGGUCGUUUGGAGGAACCUCGGGAAACUCCAGCGAGGGAACGCAGCACUCGUACUCUGAUGAGGAGAAGGUGGCUUUCGUCAACUGGAUCAACAAAGAUUUGGCCAAAGAUCCAGACUGUCAGCAUCUGCUGCCCAUGAACCCCAACGAUGAAAGUCUCUUCACCUCCGUCCGCGAUGGCAUCCUGCUGUGCAAAAUGAUCAACCUGUCUCAGCCUGACACGAUUGACGAAAGAGUCAUCAACACGAAGAAACUCGCCACCUUCAAAAUGACAGAGAAUCUGGUCUUGGCUCUGAACUCGGCCUCAGCGAUCGGCUGCAUGGUGGUGAGCAUAGAUGCCCAUGAUCUGAUGGCUGGGAAACCCCAUCUGGUGCUGGGACUGCUCUGGCAGAUCAUCAAAGUUGGCCUGUUUGCUGAUAUAGAAAUCAGCAAGAACAAAGGUCUCAUUGGUCUCGUGACUGAUGGAGAGAAACUGGACGAUCUGCUGUCUCUCUCCCCCGAGGAGCUGCUGCUCCACUGGGUCAACCAUCAUCUACGAAACGCAGGAACAGAGACAAUCAGCAACUUCAGUGACGACAUCAAGGACUCGCAGGCCUACUUCUACCUGUUGGACCAGAUCGCUUCCCACGGAGACCAAAAUCACAAGAUGAGUGUCAAGAUCGACAUGAGCGGCCUCAAUGAGUGUGAUUUGGACCAGAGGGCUGAGCUGAUGCUGCAGCAGGCGGCGCGGCUGGACUGCAGACAGUUUGUUUCUCCUCAGGACGUCACAUCUGGAAACAGCAAGCUCAACUUGGCCUUUGUGGCCAAUCUGUACAACAUGCACCCCGCUCUGCAGAAAGCUCAGAGCAACAGCAAUGGCAUAGAGACCGCACACAUAGUGGGUGAGUCCAGAGAAGAGAAAACAUUUCGCAACUGGAUCAACUCUCUGGGCGUCUCUCCCUAUGUCAACCACCUGUACUGCGACCUGUGUGAUGGUUUGGUGAUUCUGCAGCUUUACGAGCGGGUGAAUGUGCCUGUGAACUGGAAGAAAGUCAACAACCCGCCUUAUCCUUUCCUGGGCGGAAAUAUGAAGAAGCUGGAGAACUGUAACUACGCAGUGGAGCUGGGCAGGGAUGUAGCUCACUUCUCUCUGGUUGGUAUCGGAGGAGAAAACAUAAACAAGAGGAGCGCCAUGCACACUCUGGCACUGGUCUGGCAGCUGAUGAGGAGGUACACAGUGCUGGUUUUGUCCGAUUUGGGCGAUGGAGAAAAGGUCGGAGAUCCGAUCAUCCUCAACUGGGUCAACACCACCCUGAGCCAGAAACGCAAGGACUCACAGAUCAGCAGCUUCAAGGACAAACUGAUCAGCACCAGUCUGCCAGUCAUUGACCUGAUUGAUGCCAUCGCUCCCAGUACAGUCAAGUGGGACAUGGUGAAGAGAGGAGAGGAAAGAAUGCUGAAGGACGAAGAUAAACUCAACAACGCCAAGUAUGCGAUCUCAUUGGCCCGUAAGAUCGGCGCUCGCGUUUACGCACUGCCUGAUGAUUUGGUGGAGGUGAAUCCCAAGAUGGUGCUGACGCUGUUUGCCUGCCUCAUGGGCCACGGUUUGAAAAAGGCUAACCGCUGAAAAAAACGAAAGCAAAAAAACCCAGACAUGAACACACCUGGGAACUGACCACCAAUAUUAUUCAUGAGACAGCAUUUUGUUUCCAUUUGCUUUAUUAAUCUUUUUCAUGUCAUUGUAAUAGCUCUUCCUUUGACCUUUGACCUAGAUGAGGUCGCUCAACAGGGGCAUUGAAAGUGUGUUCAUAAAAAACAAUAAACUCAUCUAAAUUUGAAAAUCAUGUCUCAUUAGCAAAGCCACUCCAUUUGUUCAUCUGUGAUUUCAUUUAAGUGCCUAAUUGCUCUUAACUAUAUUUUGCACAUUUACUAAGACAUGACAUCUACUGCAAUACAUACCUCUCCUUCAGCAAAACAUAAAGUCUGUAAAUGUUGUGCAUUGAAUAUUGCUAUUUAAUUAUUAAAAAAUGUAAAAUGUG